AUGCGCUUUCCGCCGCCCCUUCACUCGAGUACCGAGAUUUUCUGCAAGCCGCGCGCUGCUUAUCCCAGUUUAAUAUUAGUCGAACACACGAACACCUGUCUGUCCUUGCCAUCAGUGGCCUUUGACCCCGGAGCCUACGGGAAUUCGGGCAUCGGUGCAUUGUUGGCAUUGGCAAUCCCAUUCAGCGGCCAUGACCACGCCAGUUCUUCAUGUCUGUCCUUGCCAUCAGUAGCCUUUGACCUCGGAGCCUACGGGUAUUCGGGCAUCGGUGCAUUGUUGGCAUUGGCAAUCCCAUUCAGCGGUCAUGACCACGCCAGUUCUUCAUGUCUGUCCUUGCCAUCAGUGGCCUUUGACCCCGGAGCCUACGGGUAUUCGGGCAUCGGUGCAUUGUUGGCAUUGGCAAUCCCAUUCAGCGGUCAUGAACACGCCAGUUCUUCAUGUCUGUCCUUGCCAUCAAUGGCAAUCCCCUUCAGCGGUCAUGACCACGCCAGUUCUUCAUAUCUGUCCUUGCCAUCAAUGGCCUUUGACCCCGGAGCCUACGGGUAUUCGGGCAUCGGUGCAGUGUUGGCAUUGGCAAUCCCAUUCCGCGGUCAUGACCACGCCAGUUCUUCAUGUCUGUCCUUGCCAUCAGUGGCCUUUGACCCCGGAGCCUACGGGUAUUCGGGCAUCGGUGCAUUGUUGGCAUUGGCAAUCCUAUUCAGCGGUCAUGACCACGCCAGUUCUUCAUGUCUGUCCUUGCCAUCAGUGGCCUUUGACCCCGGAGCCUACGGGUAUUCGGGCAUCGGUGCAUUGUUGGCAUUGGCAAUCCCAUUCAGCGGUCAUGACCACGCCAGUUCUUCAUGUCUGUCCUUGCCAUCAGUGGCCUUUGACCCCGGAGCCUACGGGUAUUCGGGCAUCGGUGCAGUGUUGGCAUUGGCGAUCCCAUUCAGCGGUCAUGACCACGCCAGUUCUUCAUGUCUGUCCUUGCCAUCAAUGGCCUUUGACCCCGGAGCCUACGGGUAUUCGGGCAUCGGUGCAUUGUUGGCAUUGGCAAUCCCAUUCAGCGGUCAUGACCACGCCAGUUCUUCAUGUCUGUCCUUGCCAUCAGUGGCCUUUGACCCCGGAGCCUACAGGUAUUCGGGCAUCGGUGCAUUGUUGGCAUUGGCAAUCCCAUUCAGCGGUCAUGACCACGCCAGUUCUUCAUGUCUGUCCUUGCCAUCAGUGGCCUUUGACCCCGGAGCCUACGGGUAUUCGGGCAUCGGUGCAUUGUUGGCAUUGGCAAUUCCAUACCGCGGUCAUGACCACGCCAGUUCUUCAUGUCUGUCCUUGCCAUCAGUGGCCUUUGACCCCGGAGCCUAUGGGUAUUCGGGCAUCGGUGCAGUGUUGGCAUUGGCAAUCCCAUUCAGCGGUCAUGACCACGCCAGUUCUUCAUGUCUGUCCUUGCCAUCAAUGGCCUUUGACCCCGGAGCCUACGGGUAUUCGGGCAUCGGUGCAUUGUUGGCAUUGGCAAUCCCAUUCAGCGGUCAUGACCACGCCAGUUCUUCAUGUCUGUCCUUGCCAUUAAUGGCCUUUGACCCCGGAGCCUAUUGGUAUUCGGGCAUCGGAGCAUUGUUGGCAUUGGCAAUCCCAUUCAGCGGUCAUGACCACGCCAGUUCUUCAUGUCUGUCCUUGCCAUUAAUGGCCUUUGACCCCGGAGCCUAUUGGUAUUCGGGCAUCGGAGCAUUGUUGGCAUUGGCAAUCCCAUUCAGCGGUCAUGACCACGCCAGUUCUUCAUGUCUGUCCUUGCCAUUAAUGGCCUUUGACCCCGGAGCCUAUUGGUAUUCGGGCAUCGGAGCAUUGUUGGCAUUGGCAAUCCCAUUCAGCGGUCAUGACCACGCCAGUUCUUCAUGUCUGUCCUUGCCAUUAAUGGCCUUUGACCCCGGAGCCUAUUGGUAUUCGGGCAUCGGAGCAUUGUUGGCAUUGGCAAUCCCAUUCAGCGGUCAUGACCACGCCAGUUCUUCAUGUCUGUCCUUGCCAUUAAUGGCCUUUGACCCCGGAGCCUAUUGGUAUUCGGGCAUCGGAGCAUUGUUGGCAUUGGCAAUCCCAUUCAGCGGUCAUGACCACGCCAGUUCUUCAUGUCUGUCCUUGCCAUUAAUGGCCUUUGACCCCGGAGCCUAUUGGUAUUCGGGCAUCGGAGCAUUGUUGGCAUUGGCAAUCCCAUUCAGCGGUCAUGACCACGCCAGAUGGGCCAUGAAGUCGGCAAAGCCGCACGCGGCAAACCGCAACGCGGAGACAGUCAUUUUUAUGGGCGGGCGGGCGCGCGAUAACGUCAUCCCAGUUCCUUCGUCAGACGCCCCGGACAACCCACGGUACUCGUAG